GCUCUGAAGGACCCAACCUUGGCGGCACGGAAGGAUUUUCAGAGGGAAGCAGAACUGCUAACCAACCUACAGCAUGAUCACAUUGUGAAGUUCUACGGUGUCUGUGGUGAUGGAGAUCCUCUCAUAAUGGUCUUUGAGUACAUGAAGCAUGGGGACCUGAACAAGUUUCUCAGGGCUCAUGGCCCAGAUGCAAUGAUCCUUGUGGAUGGGCAGCCCCGGCAGGCCAAGGGCGAGCUGGGCCUUUCUCAGAUGCUCCACAUUGCUAGCCAGAUAGCUUCGGGAAUGGUUUACCUGGCCUCCCAACACUUUGUACACAGAGACCUGGCCACAAGGAACUGCUUGGUUGGAGUUAACCUUCUGGUGAAGAUUGGUGACUUUGGGAUGUCCAGAGACGUCUAUAGCACCGAUUACUACAGG